ACAAAUUCUGUGCUUUCAUCACCAACGGAAAAUAAUAAUAAUAAUUCAUCAGAACUUAUUGAACUCAUAAUUGAAAAUGAAGGCUUUGAAGCAAAUGGAGACAAUAAUAUCAAAAUCACUUCAUUACUUUCAAGUAUUCUUAACAACCAAAAACAAAUCGUUAAAAACUUUAUAGAAAAUGAAGCUGGAGUAACUUCCAAAGAAUUCGAGAUUUUAGCUGCUGCAGUAAUUGCUGGAAAUAAAGAUAUUUUAAAUAUUAUUCUAAAAAGCGAGUUUCUUAUCAAUAUAAAUGAUGCUAGAUUCGCUCCUCUCUUGCAUUUGGCUAUUUUAAAAGACCAAAAAGAGAUGGUAAAAGAUUUGAUAAACAGGGGAAUAAGUGUUGAUGCAAUGAUUUUCAGCGAAUUACAUCUUAAAGAAGGCGAUCAACCAGGAAAGUUAAUACAAUUGGCUGUUAAAAAAGAUAACGCGGAGAUAAUAAGAGAUCUAAUAAUAAAUGGAGUCAAUGAUGGUAUUACCUCCUUCGGUAUUAUAAAUUUAACACCAUUGUGUUUGGCAGUAUAUCUUGGUCAGGAAGAAAUAGCAGAAAUUUUGAUAGCGCAUGGAGCUAACGUUAAUGUUGUAAAUAUUAUGGGUGCUCCACUACACAUAGCUGCAGCAAACGGUUAUGUAAAUAUUGUAGGAAACCUUUUACGCAAUGGUGCAGACAUUAGUAUUAGGGACACUGAUAAUAGCACACCUUUAGAAUUAGCUGUGACAAAUGGUCAUUUACAAGUGGUAAAAAUAAUUCUACAACAUAAAAAAGUGAAUAUGAAUGCUAAAUGCAUUGAUGGGUGGACGAUAUUGCACUAUGCUUCACAGGAAAAUAAUUUGGCAAUGGUAAAAUUUUUAGUAGAUGAAGGAUGUAAUAUCAAUUUAGAAACUGAUGGUGGCUUGAAGCCCAUACAUAUUGCUGCCAGAGAGGGUAAUAAAGAUAUUGUGGAAUUUUUUGUUAGUAAAGGAUUGUGUAUUAAUGAGCCUGAUAAACAGAACCUUACAAUACUACACUAUGCGGUAACGACAGGCCAGUUAGAAGUUAUAAAAUAUUUGAUAGAAAAAGGUGCUGAUGUUAACGCUAAAAAUGAUAAAGGUGUAACUCCUAUGCAUUUGGCUGCCCUUUGUAGUUGUAAAAAAGACGUUAUAGAAAUUUUAUUAAAUAAUUACGCUAUUUACAAUGCUAUAGAUGAACAUUUUAUGCGACCUAUAGACAUGGCAUCUAACAACGACGUUAUACAUUCAUUAACAUUAACUAAAAAAUUAUUUGAAUCUGUAAAAUGUAAUAACAUUUCAGAGGUUGAGAAUAACAUUAGAGCAGGUGCAUGUGUUAAUGCAAAAAAUGCUGAUAAUAUAACAACAUUACAUUAUGCUGCAUGGAAAGGCUAUGACAAAAUUGUACAAAUUUUAUUGCAGAAUAAAGCCAAUCCUAACGCGGUUGGUAAAAAUGGUUAUACACCUAUACAUUAUGCUGCUAAGUUCUCACAUUUACAAGUUGUAAAUGCUCUACUGUCCUAUGGUGCGGUAUAUGAUGCCCUGUCUGACAGUGGCAAAACACCAUUAGACUUUAGUGAAGGAUCUGAAGUAACUAGUUUAUUGAAAUUAAUUAAUGAGUCAUUUCAAACAGUUAAAGAAGGUGAUGUCGGAAUUAUUGAUGAGCUAAAUAAGAUAAAAGAUAUUGAUGUGGUAAAAAUAGUAAUGCGUGCUUGUAAUAGAGAAAACAAGACGCUAAGCGAUGUUGCUUGCGAUGUAAAUUUUCAAAAAUCGAAUAAUUAGAACAAUACUUCGCGAAAGUAUGUUGACGUUGACUAGUAACUUAAACUAGCAUGACUGGAGGCAGGCUAGAGAAAUAAUAUUAUCAACAGUAAUUUACUUUCUUU